AUGGUAAGACCAUAUUUGUUUAUCUAUUAAUCUUGUAGCGGGAAUGUAUUAGCGUUCAUAUUGGUCAGGCGGGUGUCCAGAUGGGCAAUGCCUGCUGGGAACUUUACUGCCUAGAGCACGGCAUUCAACCCGACGGACAUAUGCCCGACGACAAACGCAUUGGGAGCUGUGGUGAUUCUUUCAACACCUUCUUCAGCGAAAGUGAUUCUGGAAAACAUGUCCCAAGAACGGUAUUCGUAGACCUGGAACCCACUGUGAUCGACGAAGUCAGAAACGGCACCUAUCGACAACUGUUUCAUCCCGAACAACUGAUUACCGGUAAAGAGGACGCCGCAAAUAAUUAUGCACGAGGUCAUUAUACCAUUGGAAGAGAGCUAAUUGAUCUCGUCCUUGACCGCAUUCGGAAACUGGCUGACCAAUGUUCUGGACUUCAGGGCUUCCUUAUUUUCCGCUCCUUCGGCGGUGGCAGCGGAUCUGGGUUCACUUCUCUCCUCAUGGAGCGACUCAGCGUGGAUUACGGAAAGAAGUCUAAGCUGGAGUUUGCAAUAUAUCCUGCCCCACGAAUAUCGACAGCCGUCGUCGAACCGUAUAAUUCUGUCCUUACAACCCAUACGACGCUGGAGCAUUCUGAUUGUUCCUUUAUGGUCGAUAACGAGGCCAUUUAUGACAUCUGCCGGUAAUCUUUUUCAUAAUGCUAACGCCCAUUAUAGACGUAACCUUGACAUUGAACGACCGUCCUACACCAAUUUAAAUCGACUCAUCAGCCAAGUUGUCAGUUCAAUCACAGCCUCUUUACGCUUCGAUGGAGCUCUUAACGUCGAUCUUGCAGAGUUUCAGACGAACUUAGUACCCUAUCCGCGCAUCCACUUUCCCCUGACAGCAUAUGCCCCAGUUAUCUCAGCCGCGAAGGCAUAUCAUGAGCAACUUACCGUUUCCGAAAGCACAAAUGCCUGCUUUGAACCGUCCAACCAAAUGGUUAAGUGUGAUCCUCGCCGUGGCAAGUACAUGGCUUGCUGUCUGCUUUACCGCGGCGAUGUCGUCCCUAAGGAUGUCAAUUCUGCCAUCUCGGCCAUAAAAACAAAGAAGGCAAUCCAUUUUGUGGAUUGGUGUCCUACUGGUUUCAAAGUUGGCAUCAACUACCAGCCGCCCACAGUUGUUCCAGGUGCAGAUCAAGCGAAAGUCUCCCGUGCAGUCUGUAUGCUCGGCAAUACAACGGCGAUCUCCGAGGCAUGGGUUCGCCUUGACUACAAGUUUGACCUAAUGUAUGCUAAGCGGGCUUUUGUGCAUUGGUACGUCGGGGAAGGAAUGGAAGAGGGUGAGUUUGCUGAGGCUCGCGAAAACCUGGCUGCACUUGAAAAGGACUACGAGGAAGUCGGUGAAGACAGUGCGAAUAUACAUGAGGACGAAGAGUACUAA